CUGGGAGUAGUAGAAUCAGUAGAAACAACACACGUUCUUCUACAACACCCACAAAAGCAAAGCAACAACACCAGCAUCGAAAAGGUUGGGAACUCCAAAAGCGCCCAAGCCAAGAGCAGCAGCGUCUCACUCUCCACUCUCACACUCACACUCCUCCAUGGCCACCUCCAUUCCCAUCUUCCUAUAAAACUUCCCCUGCCGCCGCACAACCCAGCCGCCCACAAUGCCUUCCCCUCCGGCUCCGCCCGCAAUGCGCUGCCUCUUCUUCUUCCUCCUCGCGGCGCCGCUCGCAAGCGCGUGGCGUCCAUGGCCGCCGCGCAACGGCAGCAGCAACGCCGCGUCCGGCAUCGGCGUGUCGAAGAAGUUCGAGGGCUCGUCAGACUUCGUGAAGCUGGAGUACCACAUGGGCCCGGUGCUGGCGGCCGACAUCACCGUCCACCCGAUCUGGUACGGCGCCUGGCCGGCAACCCAGAAGCGCACCAUCCGGGCCUUCCUCCGCUCCCUCUCGCCGGAGGCCCAGAGCGCCGCCGCCAUCCCUUCCCCCUCCGUCGCCGCCUGGUGGCGCACCGUCCGCCUCUACGCCGACCAAACCGACGCCAACGUGUCCGCCGUCGUCAACCUCGGCCAGGAAAAAUCGGACACCCGGAUGUCCCGGGGAGCGUCCUUAACCCGGCUCGACAUCCAGCGGGUGAUCCACGACGCGGUCACCGCGCGCACGAAGCCGCUGCCCGUCGACUCCUCCGGCGGACUCUACCUGGUGCUAACCUCCCCGGAAGUCCACGUGGAGACCUUCUGCGGGCAAGUCUGCGGUUUCCACUACUUCACCUUCCCUUCCAUCGUCGGCUACACGCUCCCCUACGCCUGGGUCGGCAACUCCGCCGCCCGCUGCCCGGAGAUCUGCGCCUACCCGUUCGCCAUCCCGAGUUACGUAGCGAACGGCCGGAAGCCGGAGAUGGCGCCGAACGGGGACGUGGGCGUGGACGGGAUGGUGAGCGUGAUCGCGCACGAGCUGGCGGAGGCGGCGUCGAACCCGCUGGCCAACGCGUGGUACGCCGGCGGCGACCCCUCGUUCCCGACCGAGAUCGCGGAUUUGUGCGAGGGGAUUUAUGGGACGGGCGGUGGGGGAGCGUAUACUGGGCAGCUGCUUACUGAUGGGAGGUCUGGAGCUGCGUAUAAUGUUAAUGGCGUUAGGGGCAGGAGGUUCUUGGUUCAGUGGGUCUGGGAUCCUUACCGGAGCUACUGCUCCGGCCCCAACGCGCUCGAUCACCAGUAGACUUGGCGCCGUGUGUAGCGCGUCGAGUAGUAGUAGUAAGGAGUAGUGUUGUUUCCGCCAUGGAUGGAAUGGAGGGGUUCCUUCCUCGGGACAUCUAUCUCCAUUCAUGGCCAUGGGAGCGUUUUCUUGUAUAGAGUCAGUGAGCUGAACUGAAGCAGAGAUGGCGAGUCGGGCUGGUCUUUUUGGGGGGGACGGACGGAUGGUGGUAAUGUCAGCUGAGACUGUUUUGGAUCUUUGGAAUUUGAUGAUGGUCUUUUGUCUA